AUGUCGACUAUCGCCACGCACACGAGCCAGCAUAGCCCCAUGAAGUCGACAUGGAGGUCGGCCAACAGGGACAGAUGGACCGCAUCGCACUGGCUGAUUCAUGCACUCAAUGCCUACCCUCUCGACAUGGACCAGACUGUUCCAGUGCAUGCUAAGACGGAUAAGAUACCUCACCUAAGCCAAGCGUCUCAGCAGCUGUGGGUUUUUGCUCAUGCCUUAGUCCCAAUGUUCAUGCACCAAACUUGGCUCAUUUUCACCUCACGGCAAGGCCUUGGACGAUUUGCCAUAUUCAGUCUUUACUUCUUCGCCUUUAACGCCACUGUUAUCCGCGAAGUCAACAUUCUUCGGCGCCUUGGGCAUCUCUAUGGCUUCUUUGACGGGGAUCAGCACGAGCGAGAUGGAGUGCCAGAUACUGGAGUUACGAAGGCGAUAGCAUCCCUUAUCAAAACUUCUGGCUGCCGUAUGGCCAUGGCUGUCCUUCUCUCUUAUGAUGCAACUAUAUCUCCGGCGGACUUUGCGGGUAAUUGGAAGUCCUGGCCGAUGCUAGCCCUCCAGAUUGGACUCUACGGCAUCAUACUCGACUUCUGGUUCUACUUAUACCACCGCGCCGUGCAUGAGGUGCCGGCCUUGUGGAAGUUCCAUCGCACGCACCACUUGACCAAGCACCCCAACCCAUUGCUCACAGCUUAUGCGGAUGAGGAACAGGAGUUCAUUGAAAUGGUUGUUGUGCCACUAAUGACUUAUUUAACCAUGAGAUGGGUGGGCCUAACACUGGGAUUUUAUCAGUGGUGGAUUUGUCACCAGUUCAUUGUCUAUACAGAGGUCUGGGGACACAGCGGUAUCAGGGUACAUCUAUCACCACCUUCUCCUUUCAAUUGGUUACUUGAAGUGUUUCGUGCCGAGCUGCUGGUUGAGGAUCACGAUUUGCAUCAUCGCAAAGGUUGGAGAAAGAGCUACAAUUACGGCAAGCAAACGCGGCUCUGGGAUCGUGUUUUCGGGACAUGUGCAGACCGAGUUGAGUCGGUGGAGGCCAGCAUCGACUACCAAAGCGUAGCACAUAUGCCUAUUAUAUAG